AAAAGAAAUUACCAUGCCAUGAAAACGGGCUUGCACGUCACUGCUUUUGCAAGCGCUGUGGCUUUAGUUCCGUGACAAUAGAUAGAUUUUCGGCUGACGGGAAAGCUAGAGCAAAGUCUUUAAAAGAAAAUGCAUGCAGAGGCAUAUGAUAUGACGCAAAGUUGCGAAAAAAGAUUUUCUUCCUAACGGCGCCACGGGACAACGAGGCGCACACCUGUUUUCUUCCUGCGGGAGCGGGAAGAAAUAAAGCUCAACUGUUCAGGGCCGGGUUGCUGCGCUGAUUCGUGAUUCCAGCACGAGAUGUCAAGGUUAGCUGCUGCUGCUGCUGCUCGAGGGUGUGCUGUCCUGCACGUGCACCUCAUCUCUCCGAACGUAUAAAAAACGGUUAGCUAGCUCCUUCGUAGCACUUGCGCUUUUAUCAGACUUUAGACCUUUUUUUAUAAGAAAAUUCAGCAGGAGCAGUACUGCUCAAGGCUGCAUCGCUCUAGCAAGAAACAUGACUAGCUUAGCUACUACUGCAGCUGCGUACCGUGGCCGUCGCCACAUGAUGAGCGCCACAAGUUGGGCGGGUUGUACUAUAGCAGUUGCGUAGCAUUGGCACGCGUCUACGAGCCCGAGCACCACUCCAACCACGCAUUUGCCGAUCGGAUUGGACCCCGACCCGGACCCGGUCGGCCGGUCGCCUCCUCUUGUUUUCGUAUCACGCCACCCGCCGCGUGCGACCCGUGUAACCGCGCAGCGCUGCACCACCACUCCGCUCCAUUCCCCUUACUUACCCUUUUUCUCCUCGUCUUCCCCCGCCCGCCCGCUCUCCUCCCCUGCGCGCGUGCGAGAGCACCGGCAGGUUCCGAUUCCAAUUCCGCCGCGCCUCUCCCCCAUUGGCUCGCCGUCGCAGCGGCCGCGGCCGCCUCGCCUCACCCGUCGCCACCGGCCUCGUCACCUCCUGUUCUGCUCCGUGCCAUCGGGGCCUGACAGGGACAGCCUACCGGCACAGCGGAGGACGGCGUCAGGACAAGCGCUCUCCCCGAGCAACAAGUAUCCCGGCAGCGCGGCUUCGCUGCCGCUCGGCGCUCGAGCUCCACACACACCGCCACCAGCACGCCAGCACGAGCGGGAGCGGGAGGGCGCGCUACCUGCUUGAUUCGGUCAACUCCUGCGCGCCCGCGGCAGGAUCAAGACCAAUGGGGCGGGAGCGGAGGCCGUGGGCGGCGGCGGCCGCCGCCGCCGCUCUUCUUCUCGUCGCCUCCUGCGUCGCCGCGGCGCCGCUGCUGCAGCAGCACCAGCGCGGCAGGAUCUCAGGGGACGCCGGCGGCGUGCUGGACGACAACCCUGUGGGGAAGCUGAAGGUGUUCGUGUACGAGAUGCCGCGCAAGUACAACCAGAUGCUGCUGGCCAAGGACAGCCGGUGCCUGCACCACAUGUUCGCGGCGGAGAUCUUCAUGCACCAGUUCCUGCUGUCCAGCGCGGUGCGGACGCUGGACCCGGAGGAGGCCGACUGGUUCUACACCCCCGUGUACACCACCUGCGACCUCACGCCGCAGGGCUUCCCCCUCCCGUUCCGGGCGCCGCGGAUCAUGCGCAGCGCCAUCAAGUACGUCGCCACCACGUGGCCCUACUGGAACAGGACCGAGGGCGCCGACCACUUCUUCCUCACGCCCCACGACUUCGGCGCCUGCUUCCACUACCAGGAGGAGCGGGCGAUGGUGAGGGGCAUCCUGCCGCUGCUCCGGCGCGCGACGCUGGUGCAGACGUUCGGGCAGCGGAACCACGUGUGCCUGCAGGAGGGGUCCAUCUCCAUCCCGCCCUACGCCAACCCGCACAAGAUGCAGGCGCACCUCAUCAACCCCGGCACGCCGCGCUCCAUCUUCGUCUACUUCCGCGGCCUCUUCUACGACAUGGGCAACGACCCCGAGGGCGGCUACUACGCCAGGGGCGCCCGCGCGUCGGUGUGGGAGAACUUCAAGGACAACCCGCUGUUCGACAUCUCGACGGAGCACCCGUCGACCUACUACGAGGACAUGCAGCGCGCCAUCUUCUGCCUGUGCCCGCUGGGGUGGGCGCCGUGGAGCCCGCGGCUGGUGGAGGCGGUGGUGUUCGGCUGCAUCCCGGUGAUCAUCGCCGACGACAUCGUGCUGCCCUUCGCGGACGCCAUCCCCUGGGAGCAGAUCAGCGUGUUCGUGGCGGAGCGCGACGUGCCGCGCCUCGACUCCAUCCUCACCUCCAUCCCGCUCCAGGACAUCCUCCGCAAGCAGCGCCUGCUCGCCGCCGCCUCCGUCAAGCAGGCGCUGCUCUUCCACCAGCCCGCCAGGCCCGGGGACGCCUUCGACCAGAUACUCAACGGGCUGGCGCGCAAGCUGCCGCACGCCAAGGGCGUGUUCCUCCAGCCCGGGGAGAAGGUGCUCGACUGGGACGCCGGGCUCGAGAGCGACCUCAAGCCCUGGUAGGCGCCGCGCAGCAGCGCCUGCCUUCACAUUUGUUCAUCUCUUCUGUUUUGUUCUUGGGUUUACGUCUCAUGGAUGGAUCACGCAUUAGUUUUUGCACGACCAGUUUACACGCAGCAGCAAUAUAGAGCGACAUUUCCCGGGAGACGUGAGGGGCAGCCCUUGUGUGAUUUAGAUUUAGUGGUCACUACAUCGAUGGUUGCCAUGUGUUUUAUUUAGCGUAUGUAAAUCGAGCUAAUUAACCUGUUCUGCUUUUGCGACUUGAUCUUUUGGCCUGAACAUCUGCCAAACUGACAGUAGUUUCA